AUGAUUUGCUCCAAGUUUCUCUUUGCGCUUUGCGCGUCUGCUCUGGUACGGGGAACACCCGUCGCACAAGACUGCAAGGCGUUCCCAGGCAGUGCAUCAUGGCCUUCAAGCAAUGAUUGGUCUCGUCUGAACAAGACGGUCGACGGACGCCUCUUCACGCCACUUCUUCCCGGCGGCGUCUGUCACCCAGGGCAGCCAAACUACAAUGCAGACCAGUGUCCCAAUCUUCUGGGGGCUUGGAGAACCUUUGAGUAUCAUGCCGAAGAUCCAAUUUCUGUCAUGUGGGACAACUGGACCAACUACAGCUGUGUCCCUCUGGACGGAUUCCCCUGCAGCGGAACAGGUUAUCCGUCAUACGUGCUAACAGAUAUAUUCACAGCGCGGAAGAACCAAGUUCGUCUCAUCGUCAAAAGCAGCGGACACGAUUAUCUCGGUCGCUCAAUUGCACCAGGUUCUCUCUCCAUCUGGACGCACCACCUAAACAAGAUCAAAUACCACGAGGGCCAGUUCAAGCUUGCUGGUUCAGGAAAGAUCAUACCCGGCGAUGCCAUCACCGCCGAAGCCGGAACGAAAAUGGUCGAUGUGUAUACUACCGCAAGCCAACAUAACCGCGCUGUCGUAGGCGGCGGAGGCAAGACUGUUUCGCAAGGCGGCUUUGUGACGGGAGGGGGCCACUCGAUCCUGGCGCCGCACUAUGGCCUUGCGGCAGACGGUGUACUAGAGAUGGAAGUCGUCACACCUGAUGGGAAUAUCAUUACGGUCAAUGAAGAUCAACAUUCAGACUUGUUCUGGGCGAUGCGUGGUGGAGGAGGAUCAACUUUCGGCGUUCUCACUUCUGUCACGGUCAAAACGCAUCCCGAAAAGAAGCUCACCAUGGUUCUUUUCAUGGCGUUCACGGCUCCUGAAGCACCCUUUACCCUGGAUCUCGCUACGUGGGGCGCUUCCCAGCUUCCUUACCUCUCGGAUUCUGGCUUGUCAGGUUAUCUAAUGGCCACCGUGAACUCGACACCGCCGAUUCCGAUACCGGGUCUUCCUGAACGAGUCGCCGGGCUGAUGGGAAAGACCAUCAUACUGGAUACCCAGGAUACGGUCAAGAUUAACAAAAUUUUUCAACCUCUCAACAAGACCAUCCAGGAAAGAUGGCCGGGGCAGGUCAACUUGUUCGUUCAGACUCAACCGUACGACUCAUUCAUGGACUGGUAUGCCGAGAAUUUUGAUGAUGGUCAAGCCGGCGGCUCCGUCUAUCUCAUUUCGCGACUCCUGGACAAGAAAACACUCACAAAUGACUUGGACGCCCUGUCCGAUGCACUGAAACCGAUUCUCCUCAAUGAUGGCUGGUUGGGGACCUACCUGGUCGCUGGAAAGGGGGUCAUCCAAGCGCAGCCCCGCGGCGGAGGGAAUGCCGUUCAUCCGGCCUGGCGAAAGGCGUACGUCCAUGCACGGUGGGGUUACGAUCCGUGGGACGCAGCAGCUGGAGAGAAAGCCAGGGAGAUUUUGGAUGCUAGAUUCGAGCCCCUCCGCAAGCUCACACCCGAUGGAGGAUCUUAUAUGAAUGAGGCAAUUUUCCCUUAG